AUGUCGGACCACAGUGGUUAUUUGCAAAGAGAGAUGAACGGUUCAACACAAUUUAAUGGAGAGCAUGGACACAGCCUCUCACAACAUAUUUUUCCAAGUUGUGCUUGUGCUUGUUUGGACGAUGAUCCUGCCUACGAAUGCUCCACAAAUCCUCUGCCAGGCUCCCUUCCUACAUGUCGCCGCAGCCCUCGACUCCUUUCUAAUGGUUAUUAUGUUUUGACAGAAGACAGUUUUCUGUCUGAUGAGGAGGGCAACUUAACACUGACACCAUCCCACACAAGUGUCACAUAYAAAGAGAAUUUAGUUCGUGUUUUCAGGCGAAGGAAGAAAAUCCGUCGCUCUCUUGACAGCUUGUUCAAUCUCAGUGCCUCCAGCUCAUGGCUCAGCUCCACCAUUCCCAGCAAGAUGGAUUCCUCUCAUGGAGAGGAUCCUUGGCCUGACGGAUGCAGUAAGCUAGAAGCCAGUCACAGUGAUAUUGUCACUGAAGAUCUUGUUAGACGACGUGCGGAACAUAACAACUGUGAAAUUUUCUCACUGGAAGAAAUCUCUUUACAUCAGCAAGAAAUAGAAAAAUUAGAGCACCUUGACAAAUGGUGUAGAGAUUUAAAAAUUCUCUAUCUUCAAAAUAAUCUAAUUCCAAAAAUUGAAAAUGUGGGCAAACUAAAGAAGCUGGAAUAUUUAAAUGUGGCUUUGAAUAACAUUGAAAGAAUUGAAAAUCUGGAAGGUUGUGAAGAAUUGAAGAAACUUGAUCUGACAGCAAAUUUCAUUGGUGAACUCUCCAGUAUCGAAUCCCUAAAAUGCAAUAUACAUCUGAAGGAACUGUUUCUAAUGGGUAACCCAUGUACUGAGUUUGAAGGUUAUAGACAAUUUGUAGUGGCAACUCUUCAUCAAUUAAAAUAUUUGGAUAGUAAAGAAAUAGAACGUUCAGAGAGGAUUAAAGCACUUCAAAACUAUCCAGAAGUGAAAUGGAAAAUCAGAGAACAGGAACAAGCUUACCUUCUCAAAAGGACCAGAGAAAAGGAAGAGGCUCAAAGAAGUAUGCGAGAAAGAAAGGACAAGAAACAAAAAYAUGUGGACUCUAAGCUUGGAUUUGACAGCCCAGACUCCCCACAGGAAAAACCCAAUCAGGCAGAAGGAGAUGGAGAACAGGAAACUUGCAGAACAGUUGAAAAUGAUGAAGAAGACAGAAGAUUUUGGGAGGAGCCUACACCAUAUACCCCAGAAUCUAGAUUAGAAACUCACAGAUACAUUGAAGAAAAACGGAGAGCUAAAGACAAUAUAAGGGAAUCGAAAAAGAGAGAGAAGUCUCCUUGGAAAUUGGCCACUGCGGAAGGAAAACUUMUGAAUGUGAAUGUGCCUAAGCUUCAUUUCUCUUUGAAAGAUGAUGAAGAAAACAACCAGAUCAUCUUGGAUCUUGCUGUUUACAGGCAUUUGGACACUUCUCWACUUGAUGUUGAUGUGCAGCCAACUUACAUACGAGUACUGGUGAAGGGAAAGCCAUUUCAGCUUGUGCUCCCUGAGGAAGUGAAGCCAGACAGCAGCUCUGCAAAAAGAUCACAAACAACUGGUCAUUUAGUUGUCACCAUGCCAAAGGCUAAAGAAAUAAUCCUGGCUAAGCAAAAAGUUUCAGCUUCAGUUAAACAUUCUGACUGCAAUACACUGCAAAAAAACACAAGAAGGAGUGGGCAAGUUGAGAAGUUAGAAGUGGAUCCCAGUAAAUAUUCAUUCCCUGAUGUGACAAAGAUAAUCCAAGAAAAGGAACGAACUGGACAGGGACCUAUAAAGCUACARCCAGAGAAGGUUACAGAGGUUAAGAAGAGCUGUGUUGAUUUUGAAAAUAAUGAAGAYAUUCCUCCCUUAAUUUGAAACAUUCUGAAAUGGUCCCACUAUAUGUAGUGUGAAUGUUUGUGUUGAUUUCACGAUCCUAUAUGUAAACAAAAUAAAAUAGAGCUGAAGUUGGCAAUAUCAUUACAUUUCUUACCAGUAACUUUUUUAUGCCAGUUUUCUGCUGCAUUUUCUGUUAAUACAUUGCUAUAUAAAUUCUUUUUUCUAGAUUGUUUACUAAGUAAGUCUGAAAUUAGAAUAGGGGCCUUAUAUCAGAUUGUCAAUUCUUCAAAGAAUUUGCUGUCUGGGCUGAAAGAUGAUACAUUACUGUGGAAAAAGAGAAAAGGAAGGCAGAAAGCACUUGUAACAAGAUUUAUGAUUUUUCUCAUUAAACUAAGGAUAGGAAAAAUCUCUAUGUAUUCUUUAAGUGUCUUCAUUUUCAUGAAGGAUAACAGUAGAAGAAAAGAGUAUUUUUAUGAGUGAAAGAUAUUGCUGUUAUCUACCAUACAUCACUGAAUUUCCAGCAUACUGCAAAGCUCCUGGAUUCUGAAGCUUGUCUAAUAAUGCCACUCCUUGAAGAUUUUGGGAGAGAAUAAAGAGAAACUUCAAGCAAUAAGUAAUUUGAGUGAUAUACAUUAUGUUGCUUAUGUAUUUGUAAUUGUUUCUUUAUAAAGGAAGACUUCAUUUGGUCCAGCUGAAAGAAAAUGCUUCAGAUUCAAAUCAGCUUUUGCUUCUAGCCAAGACCAAGCAAAAUCAAGAACAGUCAAACAAUAUUUUAUAGUUAGAACUUGUUUUCAUCCUUAAGAUAGAAAAUUAAUAACUUGUAUUUAUAACUGAACCACUGCUUAUGUUGCUGUCUAGGUUCAGAUAGUGCCCACAUUAUCUGCAGCACGCAGUCAAGUUCACAACACAUUCUGUGAAAGUGCUGUAUCCCUAAUUGUGAAAAACAUCAUGCAGAAAUCUCAGCAGUUUGGAUAAAAAUMAUUCCAUUGAAUUCUGGGAUUUUUUUAUCCACUCCAAGUGC